GUAGAAUUUGAACAUGUUUAACAUUAAGAAUCACAGUAUUAACAGAUUCCAUUAAUUUCAAUAGUGCCAUUUUAGCAUAUACAAGUUUUAUUGAUAGUAUUUAAAAUUCUUUUUUAAGUAGAAUCACAAGAAAUGCAAUUAGUUGAUGUUGUUUAGCAAGUUAAGCAAUUAGAAUUACAUAGAUUACAUUUUUAAGUGCCAAUGUCAUAAUAUCCAUUAUCACAAACACAACUUUAUCCAACUAAGUGUCUGGUUGAAGGACAAUUUAAACAUUAAUAAGAAAAUGUUUGAC